CUCAGUAUUUGGUCAACUGUCAAAAUGUAGAAACCCCUAGAAAAACUGAUGCAAUGCAUUCGUAUUGGCUGAUUUUCGUGCUCGUGAUGGGUGUCCUCUUCGACGUUGGUGCUACGCAAAACUGUCCCUAUCACCAAGAAGCCUCUUUUAACGAAGGCAGUCUAUCAGAAUAUCUUUACAGACUGCCCACGCUUGCAGAACAACCAGCUGUUGCUUCGUCUGCCAGGUUUAACUACGACCUUACCGAAGGCUACAACAAACCUCUAGAAUACGGUACUCAGAAGGACGAGUGUCGCAAAAUCGGAGGCUUGGAAUCGCAUUGUCGUCCGGCGAAAGAUUGCGCGAUAUGGUACGAUGAUGUUCGCUCUAUCCCGGGAACUACCUGCGUACUUGCUAAUGGAAUUGGCCAUGGGAUUUGCUGCCCGGAUCUUCCCAUCAACAGAGGUGAUGGAGCGAAUCUCUUCGAGAGGCCGAGACCGUGUAAGAAAGGAAUGGAAUUAGAUGCACGUUUUGAAAGGAUCGAACUGGGCUGGGUGAACGAAGUCUCUCGUGCUGGGCGAUUGUUUAUGGAAUCAAUGAUUGAAUCUGAGAAACGUCUGGCAGAGAACCAGAUCACUGUCAGACGUAAUUCAUCCCGUUAUAUGCACAGCACCGUUUUCUUUCAAUCAAAAGAAGAUUCGGUUAAACUCGGCAACAACUCAUUAUACGCAGUCUUUGCAGCUCAGCAUUUCGUCAAAAGGUUUCGAGUUAAAGCGGAACAGGCUGCAUGUAUUUUGGAUCGAUUUAAUGUCAAGGAGGCAGGCAUUUACAAUGAAUGUCCUGUUUAUCCCGAAUGUACUCAAGAAAUGGUGACGUCCCCCUAUCGGACGAUAACUGGAGUAUGUAAUAAUAUUCAUCCUCCUGGAUAUGUUCCAUGGGGUGUGCCGAAUGCCAGGUAUCAGCGUGCUCUUGCACCGGAAUAUGCAGAUGGUGUGUGGGAACCUCGUCGGGCUAAAAAUGGGGACCAAUUACCUCCGCCACGCGUGUUAUCUCUCUCUUUGAUUCGCGAUGUCAACGUCCCCAGCGAAAGCGAUACUACAUGGGUUAUGCAAUUUGGACAGUUUGUUGAUCACGAUAUGUUGGAAACUGUGGAAUCAAAGUUGGUGGAUGGAUCGGCAGUUCCCUGUUGCACGGAUGGGGGAGACUUUCUUUCAGAAGAAAAUCUCAGUCAUGGCAAGUGUAUUCCGAUAAUGAUUCCCGAAGAUGACCCAUUUUACUCUGAUUUUGGUCAACGUUGCAUGGAAUUUGCACGUUCGGCUCCUUCGUGCAGAGCAAAUGGUCGAUUAGGAUAUGUAGAUCAGAUGAAUCAAAACACACAUUUUCUGGAUCUUUCGGCUGUGUAUGGUUCAGAUGAACAAUUGGCUCUUGAGUUAAGGACAUUUAAAAAUGGAGCUUUGAAUGUAACUCGAAUGAAAAGAAAGGGUAAGCAUUGCAUCAUGGAUUUGCCACCUCCCGAUGACGUUGGUCCAGAGAUCUCUUCGUGUGCGCUGUCCAAAAACGUUACCGGAAUAGAUCCACCGCCAGAAGUCCGGUGUUUUAAAGCAGGGGACAAUCGGAUUAAUGUCACUCCAUAUAUGGUUGCUGCACAAACUGUUGUUUCUCGCCAACAUAACCAAGUUGCUGAACAACUUGCUGCCAUGAACGCUCACUGGGAUGACGAGAGAGUCUAUCAGGAGACGAGACGCAUUUUAAUUGCUCAAUGGCAACACUUAAUCUACAACGAAUACGUGCCUGUUCUCGUCGGUCGAGAGAAAAUGGAACAGCUGGGAUUGCUGCCACUUCAAUACGGCUUCAGCACGGAUUAUGAUAAGCGAGUGAAUCCAUCCAUUUUGAACGAAUUUGCUGCGGCCGCUUUUCGUUACGGCCAUUCGCUCGUUCCAGGAAAACAAAGUCUCAUCAACCAACAAAGGGUGAAAGAAAAAGAUCUACUUCUUCGUCAACAUUUUUUUAAAACGCAAGAGGCAUAUCCGCCUGGAAACAUCGACAAACUGCUCAUAGCCAUGGCAACCAUUCCCGGUGAAAUAGUGGACAAUGUAUUUACAGAAGAGCUCACCAAUCACUUGUUUGAAGAGGAAGGUAAAGGUUUUGGAAUGGAUUUGGUAUCCCUUAAUAUUCAACGUGGUCGGGAUCAAGGUUUACCUGGGUACAAUGAAUACCGCGUUCUUUGCGGCCUUCCUCGUGCGAAAUAUUUCAGUGACCUUCUCGAUGUCCUUCCUCCAAAGAUUGUUGAGAAAUUCGAGUUGCUCUAUGCCGACGUGGACGACAUUGAUUUGUACAUUGCAGGCGUUUCGGAACGCCCGGCUCCAGGAGCUUUGGUGGGCCCAACGUUCCAGUGCAUCAUUGCCGAUCAGUUUGCCAGACUAAAACGUGGUGAUCGUUACUUUUACGAUCUUGCUGGACAACCCGGCUCAUUCAGUGAAGAUCAACUGAACGAAAUUCGCAAAACAAGUUAUGCCCGUUUGAUUUGUGACAACAGUCACGUCCUUUCAAUUCAACCACUCAUCUUUAAAUCGGUUUCUGAUGCGAAUCCAAUUGUGGAUUGCAACUCUCUGGCCUCCAUUCCUCGUAUGAGUCUUCUUCCAUGGAAAGAAGCUGAUUCGACAUCCUGGAAUAUUGGCGAAGAUGGGGUCAAAUGGUCUCUGGAUUGUGAUUACGUCGGUUACGAUAUUGUCUACAUUGAAAACCUUGGUGCGGCAGAAAAUUGUGCCAGGAAGUGCAUUGAUACUGUAGGAUGUAAUGCCUUUUGGGCCAAUGGCAGCUGGUGUACCCUAAAGGCAAUACCAAAAUGGCUACAACGGACACGGCUUACUGGCGGAAUAUGUGGUCUACUUCCGGGGAAAUUUUUUUAAAUUAUUUGGUUUUUUUUUUUGCUAUCUAAUUCCCCAGAUUCCAAAGUUUGCUAAUAUGUUUGCAGGCGAGCUCGAAUGAAGUGGACCGUUACGAACC